AUGCGUCGUUUGAAACUGAAGGUGUUUUCAUCACAAGCCAAAAAUGUCUUUUUCCAUGAUGGUUCCACAGUGCUCCCCAAACUGCUGGCGGCAGCAUUCUAUGGAGUCGUUUCCUUUCUCAUCGUCGUUGUGAACAAAAGUGUCCUCAGCAGCUACAGAUUUCCCUCAUCAACAUGUGUCUGCAUUGGUCAGAUGCUGGCUACCGUGGUAGUUUUAGGGGUGGGCAAAAUAUUGGGCGUCAUUUCCUUUCCAGAUAUGGACUCAAGUAUACCGCGCAAGAUUUUUCCACUUCCUCUACUUUAUGCUGGGAAUCAGAUUACAGGACUGUUUGGGACUCAACGACUCAGUUUACCCAUGUUUACAGUUCUGAGGCGGUUCAGCAUCCUUUUCACCAUGCUGUGUGAAGGCACCUUGCUAAGGCGAACAUAUUCAACGGCAAUCAAAGCCACUGUGUUCACAAUGAUCUUUGGCGCUUUGGUGGCAGCCAGCGCCGACCUGGCAUUUGAUCUGGAGGGCUACGUAUUCAUAAUGCUGAACAAUGUGCUGACGGCGGCCAGUGGCGCUUACACGAAACAGAAACUGGAUGCAAAUUAUCUGGGCAAAUUUGGAAUUCUCUACUACAACGCCUUGAUCAUGAUUUUUCCCACUGCAGCGUACGCAUGGUACACCGAAGAGCUGGAAAUGAGUUUGGAUUAUGACGGAUGGUCCGACCAGAUAUUUGUGGUGCAGUUCUUCCUCUCCUGUGUGAUGGGAUUCAUUUUAAUGUACUCCGUUAUGCUGUGUACACAGUACAACUCAGCCCUCACUACAUCCAUUGUGGGCUGCAUCAAGAAUAUCCUGGUGACCUACGUUGGAAUGGUCUUGGGCGGAGACUACAUUUUUUCUUGGACUAAUUUUAUUGGUUUGAACAUAAGUAUUGUAGGCAGCCUUGUGUACUCUUUCAUCACAUUCACAGAGGUGCAAACAAGUAAGUUUUCAGUGUUCAAUUUAAAUGCUUCAUUUAGAUGGUUUUGA